UGUUAUGCUAGGCAUGUUUCCAAUACAAUUCUAGUUCAUGACAUAGAGAAACCAUGAGUUCAUUUGGCCGCGCUUUCAUUCCCAUAGGUCUUGCUGUAGCCUUUGGAAUAUUAAAUGGAUAUUAUGCAUUCGGUCCUCUGCUCCAAGAGCAUCAGAAUAUAUCACAGCUUCCUACAGAAAAACGCAAUCAGCAACCCGAUAGCGUCGCUAAAGUGAAUGAUUCCACCCAACAUAAAUCAUCAAGCUCGGAAACCAAACCAAAUCGCUAGCUGUCAACUACCGCCAGACACCAACUAUCUCUUACAUGAUCUAGAUUCCAAAUAUGAGGAAUCUAAUAAGUCACGACAGUUAUCUCGACAGAAUUAGAAACCUCCGGGAAUUGUGCCUCUACCCCAGUUACCUAAUAGUACGACUUGGACUUAUUCGCCAUAGCAGUACAGGAUGUUAGCCGGUAAAUUUGGCAGCAAGUAUGAAAGUGUACACAAUAAAGAUAUACACGGAAGUUUGCCUACCGGAGUUCUCGUCGGAACUACGUAAAGUUGGAGAUUGUCAGGUUUAUUGAACUCAUAAAAUGCUGAGUUGUAAGAUAUCCAUAGAUAUAGGGUUGAAUACGGACAGAACUUCAGCAUCAGCCAACAUACUAUUAAUUAGACAAUAUUUCAAAC